UGUUGUUCUCACUAACUGUGUGUUUAUGACUUUCACAAUUUCAUCAGAUACCUUCAGUGAGUAUAUCUUCACAGCUGUGUAUUCAGUUGAAUUUGUGAUAAAAGUGAUAGCAAGAGGAUUUGUUUUGAAUAAAUUCACCUAUCUUCGAGACUUCUGGAACAUCCUGGAUUUCUUUGUUUUGAUUAUGACAUACAUCGCCUUUUGCCAUAAGUUUGGUAGCAUUUCGGCUCUCCGAACCUUCAGGAUUCUGAGAACUUUAAAAGCUGUUUCUGUGAUCCCAGGGCUGAAAGUCAUUAUCUCGUCCCUCUUCCAAUCAGUGAAGAAGCUUGCAAACGUGAUGCUGCUGACAGUUUUCUCCUUGGCCGUCUUUGCUCUGGUCGGCCUCCAACUCUUCAUGGGGAACUUAAGAUUUAAAUGUGUGCACCAAGAUUUUAUUGAUGUGCCAUACAACGACUCAUGUAUCUUAAAUAAUCCAGAAAAUGAGACUAUGUAUGAGAAAAUGAAUGGCUCUUCCAAUCCAUUGCUGUGUGGAUACUCCUCUGAUGCUAAUAACACUGAAUGUGGCGAAAACUAUUUCUGUGUAAAACAUGGAAUUAAUCCGGAUUAUGGAUACACAAGCUUUGAUCAUUUUGGAUGGGCCUUCUUGUCUUUAUUCCGACUGAUGACACAGGAUAGCUGGGAGCUUCUCUAUCGGCAGGUUAUCAGGACAUCUGGCAAAAUCUACGUCAUUUUUUUUGUGAUAGUCGUCUUUCUGUGCUCCUUUUACCUCUUUAACUUAAUCCUGGCUGUUGUAACAAUGGCGUACGAUGAGCAAAACAGAGCAACAGCUGCAUAUACAAAGGCGAAGGAGAAGUUACUUCAUGAAGCAAAAGAGAUCCUAAGAAAGGAAAAGGACAUGGUCGCCCAAAGACAUGAUGUAUCUACAGGUGAAAAUGUUGAAAUGCGAAGUGCAGAAUCCCAAAAUGGGAAAGACAGAAAAAGCAAGAAGAAACGCAGAAGCUCAACCACCAGAAUAUAUGGAGAAGACGAAACCAUGUUUUAUUCAACACCAGACAAGAGUCAAAAGGAGCUUAAAGAGCUGCUGAUGUCUUAUCAGCUACCUGUUGAGACCCUUGCCGACCCAUUUCAAAGACAAAAAUUAACAAGUGCUGCUCAUGUCAUCAGCAAAACAAUGGCUCCCAGGAUUCUGAGCAUAUCCUUACAUUUUGCUCACCUGGAACAGGCCGUUUCUCAGUUCUUUGUGGCCUUUUCUGGCCUUGAGUUCUGUGCUGUGCGUAAUGUCCUUAACCUCUUUAUUGCUUUGCUGCUGAGUUCCUUCAGUAGCAGUGAUCCAGAAAGCGAGGCUGGUGACACAGGGCCUAAGCCUCAGGUGGCCCUGGCUCACAUUCGCAGAGAAUUGCAGUCUCUGAAAGAGAUGCUGUGGAGCUGUUGUUGCAACCGAUUCCUGCAGAAGCUGAACGCAGCAAGGCGAAAGAACAAGGAAGUGGCCAUUACCAUCCCGAACGCUAAGGCCCCUGAGUCGGUGAAGGGGAUCCGGGGGAGCGGCGCUGGCAGCGAAAUCUUCAGAAGCGGUGGGAAACCGCUAGCGGAUGAGAUGGAGGCAGAGUUUGUGGAAAAGUCUAGCACCGUUGCCCAUGUUCCCCUUGCGGAACAAGAGUCUUUAAAUGACGAGAGUGGAUAUCCAAUAACAGAAAUCGAUUGGAAUAAACAGGAGAACCCACUGCGAAUGAGGAGAGAGAAGUUCAAAAUGUCAAGAUUAUCUCAGUGUUCUGAAAGCCCCAGUAUGGGAUCUUUAAGUGUUCCUAAGAGCCAGGAUCAUGACACCAUCAGUUUUUCUGACACUAGCACAGUAGAUCUGAGGUCUCCUGCCUUCCAAAUACCUCUGAAGAACAAGAAGGAGCCUAAGAACUGUUUUCCACAUGUUGUGGUCAACUGCUUCCCAUGUUGCAGCAUCAACACGAAUAAAUUUCCCGGUAACGUUUGGUGGAACUUUAGAAAAACCUGCUACCAAAUUAUAAAACACAGUUGGUUUGAAUCCUUCAGCAUAUUCAUGAUAUUACUGAGCAGUGGAGCCUUGAUAUUCGAAGACAUUUAUCUCGAGCAGAGAAAAAACGUAAAAACCCUCCUGGAAUAUGCAGACAUAUUUUUUUUCUACUUUUUUUCCCUGGAGAUGUUUCUGAAAUGGGUGGCUUACGGCUUCCAGAAAUAUUUCACCAGUGGCUGGUGUCUUCUUGAUUUCUUUAUUGUAUGUGUGUCCUUUCCUCUAUCAGCAGUUAUACCACAGGAGAGAAGUAUGUGUGACACCACGAUCUCCGUAAAAUCUCUCAGAACCCUGAGGGCCUUGAGGCCCCUUCGAGCGUUGUCCAGGUUUAAAGGGAUAAAGGUGGUAGUGAAUGCCCUUGCCGGCGCCGUUCCUUCCAUUGGGAACGUACUGCUCGUAUGCGUCGUUCUUUGGCUCCCAUUUAAUAUCCUCGGAGUGCAACUCUUUGGAAGAAAAUGUAGCAACACAGUUCCGGAUAAUGCCUGUAAAAACAUCAGUUUUAAUCAUGUUGGCAUGGGAUAUUUGGCUCUCCUCCAGGUGGCAACAUUUAAAGGUUGGAUGGAGAUUAUGUAUUCUGCAGUAGAUUCAUCUAGUGAAGAGAACGGCCAGCCGUGUUUCGAAAACAGAGUCUAUGCCUACCUUUAUUUUGUGGUUUUUAUCGUAUUCGGGUCGUUCUUCAUGCUGAACCUUUUCAUCGGAGUGGUUAUCGACAACUUUAACCAACAAAGGAAAAAGAUAUGUGGAGAACUUAUCUUUUUGUCAGAGGACCAAAAAAAAUAUUAUAAUGCACUAAAAAAACUUGGAAGCAAGAAGCCACACAAACCUGUUCCACCACCCCUGAAUAAGUACCAAAGAUUUCUUUUUGACAUUGUAAACAAGCAAGCGUUUGAUAUCUUUAUUAUAAGCCUGAUUUUGUUAAACGUGGUGAUCAUGAUGGGAGAUCAUGAAGGAGAAAGUAAAGAAACCAAAAACCUUCUUGAAAACAUAAAUAUUAUCUUUGUCAGUAUUUUUACUGGAGAAUGUCUCGUGAAAAUUUUGGCUUUGAGGCUGCAUUUCUUCAAGGACAACUGGAAUAUAUUUGAUUUUCUGGUGGUGAUUCUGUCUGUACUUAGUGCUGCAAUAUCUGGCCUCCAAGAGAGUUUUGAUUUCCCUCCCUCGAUCCUGAGAGUGAUUCGUGUGGCCCGGAUUAGCCGAUUGCUGAGACUUAUCCGAGGGGCCAAAGGGCUCCGGACCCUCCUCUUUGCCCUGCUGAUGUCCCUUCCUGCUCUCGUCAACAUUGGGCUCCUCCUUUUUCUGAUUAUGUUUAUUUAUGCUAUUUUUGGCAUGACCAACUUUGCCUGUGCCAGCUGGACUGGAGGGAUCGACAACAUUUUCAAUUUCCAAACCUUCGGCGGCAGUAUGCUUUGUCUCUUCCAAAUCACCACGUCGGCUGGCUGGAACGAUCUUCUCAACCCCAUGCUCGGCAGCAACAGCAAUAGCACUUGCGCUGGCAAAGCGGAACGAGGGGGUCCCUGUGUCAACCGAGGCCUGGCCAUUGCCUACUUCGUUAGCUAUAUCAUUAUAUCAUUUCUCAUAGUCGUGAACAUGUACAUUGCCGUCAUCCUCGAGAACCUGAACGUCGCCACUGAAGAAAGUACGGAGCCCCUGGGUGAUGACGAUUUUGAAAUUUUUUAUGAGGUCUGGGCCAAGUUUGACCCUCAAGCGACUCAAUUUAUUUCUUACUCGGCCCUGUCAAACUUUGCAGAUUCUCUGGUGGAACCUUUGCGCAUCCCGAAGCCAAACCGGCGACAGCUGCUGUCCAUGGAUCUUCCCAUGGUCAAUGGAAAUAAAAUCCACUGCUUGGAUAUUUUGUUCGCUUUUACCAAAAGGGUGCUCGGAGAAGCUGGCGAGAUGGACACGCUGGAGUCUCAGAUAGAGGAGAAAUAUCCAGAGAAAAUUGCCUAUGAACCCAUCAUAACGACUCCCAAGCGGCAAAUGGAGGAAUGUGCCAUCGUCAUCCAGAAGGCUUUUAGGAGGCAUCUCUCUCGGCGUGCGAUUGAGGAAGCCCGUCAGAAAACCAGCAGAACCAGCCUCCUGGAAAGCAUACCUGAGGAGGGAGGUUCCUCUACCCUGAGACUAUAUGAAAGUGAAGAAGAAAGUGAUGCAGACGGUUCUCAGAGCCCUACCUCUUUAUGUAUUCCUCCCUCUUAUAGCAAUGUCACAAGCACCGCUGACCACUUUCCACAGGAUAAUGUCUCAGAGAACAUGACUGACAAUGCCAAGUGAUUUAUACGUCAAUGUUUUUCUCGCCACACUCUGAUUUUCUAAGACAUGUAAGGUUGUGAUCAUAUUUCUUCCGUUAUAGCCACCAUAAUCCAAGUGUUCAGUGAGCAGCUUUUCCUUUGAUAUGCUUAAAUCUUCCUGGACUUAGAGAGAGAGAGAGAGAGAGAGAGACCCACUGCCAGAAUAACUUAGGCAGUGCCAUGAUGCUCCUACUGAUGUAAUUGAGAUGAGACUCAAGUCAAAUCCUUCCUAAUGGUGGGGAAGGUAGAGGCAAUGCGUAACCAGCAAAAACUGGCCUCCUGGUUGCCAACUGGAAGGUUGUCUGAUGGGGAUGCUGUU